CUGGAAUGAGAAGCAGGAGCGAAUGAAGGAAUCCACACUGCUUGGUUCCAUUUUCAGCCAUGCUGUGUGAAUUUAGCCUGUGUGUCCAUCUCUCAGGACCGGGUUGGUUUGUGUGGGGUUCACUAGCUGGUACUGUUCUUUCCCUUCCCACAUGGACUUUGCUCUUUGCAAACAGAAGAACGGGCAAGGCAUUUAUGGCUGGGAGACAUUUCCUUGCUGUUUGGGCGUAUUCUCUUUUCAGCUUCAAGCUGCCCAACCUGCCCUGUGUUGAAGGGAGGGCUGAGGGGUGGCUGAUGGCUGAAUUAGGGCCCAUGGCUUGGGAAGAAGGUUGCAGAGGGUCAAGAAGCUUCAGCUCUAGCUGUGUCCUGGUCUCUCUAGGUUUCUUGUUAAUUUACUCAGCACCCACUGCUUUAAGCAGCAUUUCCAACUGUAAAAAUGAGAGCAGUCAGAAGGUAUCUUGUCCAGGCUCUUGAUUUGGUAUUUACGGCUCUUGGUGCCUCUGUAACAUGUGGUGUUACAGGCCAGGGUGGUGGGUGUGUGCGACUAGGAAUUCCGCUGAAAUUCAAGUGGGAUGUACGUUUCUAGCUCCAGCUGGGUGAGUAGAGGCUGGGGAGAUGGUGGGUUUCUGAUAAGGAGAAUCGGUACUUCACGAUGGUACCAGCUGGCAAGGAGAGCAUGCCCAGUGCUUCAAGAAGAGCUGAUUUACACUGUGAAAUUGGAUGAGUAUCUUUCUCGUAGGAACCCCUAAUCUCUGCAUCCAUAUACUCUGCCAUCUACCCACUCAAUAUACUCUAUUCUCCCAGCUUGUCCAGGGUGACCUUUUGUUGCGGGAAGUCAGGGACCCAAAAUGGAGGGACCGACUGAAGCCAUGGCAGAAGAACGUGGUUUGCGAAGAUUUCAUGGACAUUUAUUAGUUCCCCAAAUUAAUACUUUUAUAAUUUCUUAUGCCUGUCUUUACUGCAAUCUCUAAACAUAAAUUGUGAAGAUUUCAUGGAUACUUAUCGCUUCCCCAAUCAAUACCCUUGUGAUUUCCUAUGCCUGUCUUUACUUUAAUCUCUUAAUCCUGUCGUCUGGUAAACCGAGGAGGAUGUAUGUCGCCUCAGGACCCUGUGAUAAUUGCGUUAACUGCACAAAUUGUAGAGCAUGUGUGUUUAAACAAUAUGAAAUCUGGGUACCUUGAAAAAAGAACAGGAUAACAGCAAUGUUUAGGGAACAAGAGAGAUCACCUUAAACUCUGACCGCCCGUGAGCCAGGCAGAACAGAGCCAUAUUUCUCUUCUUUCAAAAGCAAAUGGGAGCCUUUUGGCCAUAACCGCCAUCUUCCAGUAAUUUGCCAAAAUGACGAAUACAAAGGGAAAGAGGAGAGGCACCCGAUGUAUGUUCUCUAGGCCUUUUAGAAAACAUGGAGUUGUUCCUUUGGCCACGUAUAUGCGAGUCUAUAAGAAAGGUGAUAUUGUAGACAUCAAGGGAAUGGGUACUGUUCAAAAAGGAACGCCCCACAUGCAUUACCAUGGCAAAACUGGAAGAGUCUACAAUGUUACCCAGCAUGCUGUUGGCAUUGUUGUAAACAAACAAGUUAAAGGCAAGAUUCUUGCCAAGAGAAUUAAUGUGCGUAUUGAGCACAUUAAGCACUCUAAGAGCCGAGAUAGCUUCCUGAAACGUGUGAAGGAAAAUGAUCAGAAAAAGAAAGAAGCCAAAGAGAAAGUUACCUGGAUUCAACUAAAGCGCCAGCCUGCUCCACCCAGAGAAGCACACUUUGUGAGAACCAAUGGGAAGGAGCCUGAGCUGCUGGAACCUAUUCCCUAAGAAUUCAUGGCAUAAUAGGUGUUAAAAAAAAAAAAAAAGUUA